UCAAUCACUUAUCUUUUAUGUCGAAUUAGUAAACAUGGCGUUGAGUUUUUGGCGUCCGCCUUAUUUUCCCCAGUAUGUAUUGAAAUAAAACGACUGCCGUGAAACAAACGGAAAGAAAACGGGUAGAGCUUGUGCGGAAGGUGGAAAGCUGGCGGGUGGCCGUCAUGAGUUUCGGUUAGAUUGGGGUAACAGUAAGAGGCAAUGGAUUGGUGUGGGGCAGUGCCUCGCUUCUAAUGACCUAGUGUCAUGCAGUCAGAGCCAGGGAGGUACAUUAAUUCAGUAUCGGAUCUACUAUACAGUACCGACGAAAUUGAGUUCUUGUUGGACGACAUCAGAGACCUGGAGCCCACAAGUUGUAGACCUGAAGACAUUCAGCGGAAAGUGUCCCUGGAUGGCAUGAGUUGUGUGUUGCAGGACUUCGAGAUAGCCGGUAGCAGGACGGGCGCCCUGAGCACCGCCGGUGGCGGCGCUGAGUCCGAAUGCGACGGCGUCGCGUCGGGGGCGGGCAGCCCCACGCCGGACGCCCCCUGCGACUGCGACUCGCCAUUGGGCACGCACAACUCGUGGGACUCGCACUCGCACUACAGGCGGCGCGCCCACUCGCCCGAUCUGUCGCUCUACUCAGGCGUCAUCGUUUACUGCGACCAGGGCCACAUCUACACGCCGACCGGUUUCUUCAGGUUCCUGCUGCUUGUGACGACGAUCGCGUGUCUGGCAUGUCUAUGCACGUCCGGCAGCGUGAAGGUGGGCCUUUUUAUGCUUCCAUUAGUAGGACGACUACGGUUCAUGAUGUUCGUCACGUUACUCAGUCUGUUUGUUACGUCUGUCCUUAUGUUUCUUGAUAUAUCCCAUGUAAUAUAUUUGUUUCCCUUCAAUUGGGGAAAAGUGAAUGCAUAUUUUUAUGUGAGCCUUAGUGUGUUGUUCCUGAUAGCUUCAUCAUUAAUAUUUCAUAUGAUAUUUUUAUCUGAGACCUUCUCUUGGGUCCCAAAAUGGACUAUUCAUCAAUUAUUAAUAACUGGAUGUCUCGGUUACGUUUGUUGCCUGGAAUCGGCGGUGAUAGCGCUGGUCCAGCGAUGGACGAGGGACAUCUACCAGCCGGUGGCGGAGGAUCCGAGCCUGAACCUGCAGGAACGUCAGCUGACGCCGCACGACUCGCCCGAUCACAAAGCGAAUCAAACAACGCACAACUACAAGCCUAUAGUUAGUUAUCCGGUUGCGUCGACGUCGCGCCAAGAGCCCCACUAUCUGGACGACGUGCAGCCGUGCUCGUCCAAGAGCUCCGACCCGUAUAGGGGCGCAUGAUAGUCGCGCGCGCCGUUCUUCUGUUGCCUUCAAUAUGGACUACGUUGUACAGUUUGUAUUGCAUGGAGUUUUUUCUAAUGUCCCUCGGAAACAUACACACGUUGUCACGGUCGUUAAUGUUUAGUUAGUGUGCUGUUUUACAUUAUAAUAGGGUCCGUCGAAUUACAUAAAGGGCUUGAGGUACGGUUACUCUACAAGAUAUUCAUUCAAGCGCUACUGCUAACAACACUUUUCAUAAUAAGGUCAAUUAAUUCCAAAUUCAUUUGCCUUUAAAGGGUGUAGAACCUUUCAUUGUAUUCGUAUGUGAAGUCAAUAUGCCUUUAAUGUAUUAAUUAACAAAUAUCUUGUAGGGACGUUUUAGUAUCUCAACUAGACACACAACCUGAAAUACUCUCCUAUGAAAAGAAUCAUAAUUGAAUUUAUUAUGAAUGCAUUGUGAUAUGAUAGAACAUAAUCAUACAAACACACCAACAAAAAAAGGGUAUUUUAGUGUAAGUUCAGACUUCAGUAAUAUAUAUUUUCAUACCGAUUAGUGAAACCAACAAUACCAUAAAGCCACUAGUUAAUUAUACUUUUCAGUUGAUUGGGGGAGUGUUCCAUACAGUGCCACAACCAAACUUGCGUCCAAGUUGUCUAAUUGUAUGUUAAUCCUUGCGAUCACAACUGAUAGAUUUUUGUUGAUUCAAAUGAAGGCAGAAACACCGAAUGGUUGUCUACUUUUGUACAUAUUUCUUUGGAAUUCACCGUCCAUUCUUAAUUAAUUUGUUACUAAAAAAAGUCAUGCUAAAAUUGUCCGAAUUUCGUGGUACACUCCCGUUAGACACUAACUAAAUAUUAGGGUGGAGCUAGAUGAGAAUAAUUUUUAUUUUAGACACAAUUUUUGAAGUCCACAAAAAAAUUUUUAUAGCAAAUGUUACGCGUCAAACUCGAUUCAUUUUAAAAAUUGUGUAUCUAAAACAAGCUUUAUUCGAGUUUUAUAUCAUUGCUUCAUGUAAUGUUGAAAGCCUAAAAUUUCAUAUUUUUGAUAGAAUAUUAGAAAGAGAAAUUUAAACAACAAUUUUCCAAAUGCAGUGAUAUAAAAUUGAGAUUAAUAUAUGUAAAAAUGUAAUAUAAAAUUUAAAUUAUUAAAAUAUGCAAUAUUUGCAAGUUAGUAUACGUAUUUUACAGUAAAAACUCACUUGUUUAAAACUGGCAAAAAAUAGCAAUUCUAUUGUAUAUAGUGUAUAAUUUUCAUACUUUCUCUCUUUCAUAACACAACUUUAAAUUUUUGUACAGUAUCGAUUUUUUCGUCUCAAUCAUUGUUACCGAUCAUUGUUGUUUAUUGUCCAGGUUUGUACAUUUUUUAAAAACUAACAAACGACUUGCAAAUAUUUUAUUUAAGUUACUGUUUAACUGAACAUGUACAAUUUUUAACAGUGAGCAUAUCUUGGAUAGAAAAAUUAACUUUCAAUUUAUUUUAGAGGCUUAAAAACGAAUUAAACUUGCAUCCCAAAACGUCAGCGCCGAACUCUCAACGGUGGUCCUUCAUUUCACAUUUAGGGACCACGAAAAUAACCUCGACUACUUUUGUAUUAAACGUUCAAGUUGUCAUUUUGUAAAAUUGGUUGUUCAGGUAGUAUAUUGAACCUGAAUAAGUAAACUAUUCGUAACUAUAUAAUAUAAUUGGUAACGAUCAUAUCUUUAAGAAAACUAUUACACAAUUGCUUGAUUUUGGUCUAGAAUUGGGACAAAAGGUGUGUGUACAACAAUGUAAAUUGAUAUCAAUAUUUUUCUAAAAUAAAUAAAAAGUGAGAUUUUUCUAGCAACAUGUACAGAGGACCUCAUGGAAGGGCUCUAUAAUUUUUAAAUUACGUUUCUUGGAAUCUAAUUAAGAAUUCACGAAAAAAAUUCAUUUUUGGAACAACUAAUUUUAGGAUUUUAGUCUAGCUCAAACGAGAUACAAAAUCGCAAAUUAAUAAAAGUGUUCAAUAUUUAUUGAAUUCUGUUGUGAUAGCACAAAAUGUUUUUUCGUAUUGAAUGUUCGUUGGGUUCGUUUCUGUAGCUUACAUUGCAAUUUUGUGUUUUGAUUGUUUCUAAAACUUAAAUGUUACAAGUUUCAUAAUGUAGGUUUAUGUUUCUCUCAGGUACACUUUCAAUCCACUGUAUUACAAGCUUCGUGAAACUCGUUAGUACUCCAAAAAUGUUAAUUUCUAUACCAACCCUUGGUUUUGUGUCGUUUUUUAUUAUUGUCCGCUUGUGUCAUAAUACUAUGUCGGUUUAAAGUGUAUCACGUGCUGUGGAUAAUAAUUCAUAGAUUUUUCUCUUUAAUUAAUUAGGCUAAAAAUUCAACCAUCAAUGUUUCUCCUCCCAAUGUCCACGAAUUAAUAUCUGCAGCUUCAUUGAGAAUUGUUUAUAUCAGAAAACUGCCAAACAUCUAUACUAGCCAAAGAUAGGUAUUUUCGAAUUUAUUUUACAGAAGGAUUAAACUAUUUCGAAAUGAAUAGCUGUUUGAAAGUUAUUGGCAGACAAUCAGGGCGUUCUGUUACCUUAUGUUUAUUUCAUCGAUUAGAGUGAGUAACCUUCUUUGUGUUCUAUAGUGUGAUUUUAUAUACAAAAAAGUAAUAAAUGAUAAAAAAUUUAUAA